CAUUCAUCAUUGAGGAGGUGUUCCACAAGGGGCCAGAUACUAGGGAGGCAUAAAAUGUGGAUUUUAUAGUCCAGGCUGCUAUAAAAUCUAAUCGAAAUGAGAGUAAUAAGUAAAAUACAGAUAUAUCUUCUUAUUCUUUUAUUUCUAUUUAUUAUUACUUAAUAAAUUAAUUAACAAAAUAUGCAGAAAAUAGGAUUGUGUCAUUUUGAACAAGACAGACUCUAAGUCUUACAGAGUCCAUGGCGGGAGGUGAGCAGCGGGGGCUUGGAUGAUUGGUCAGAGAAGGCGGGAAUGUCACAAAGGAGAGAAAAUGAGCUGGAUCCUAGAUGAAGACAAAGUGUUUAGGUCAGAAACAGGAUCGCUGGGAAUAAAGCAAACAGCAGUGUGGGACAGGGAACAACAUCUGAGCAAAGGUGAGCGGAAGGGAGCUUGUUUCUUUGUAAGGCAGUGGGGAAAAGCCACCUGGGGAGACCUGAAAGCAACAUGGGUGGACAGGAAAGGUAGCUCCAAGCCACGGAGUGCCUGGAAACCAAGACUAGCCGAGCUCCAAUUCGGGGUCUCAGAAGUCCCCUGUGUGCUAUAUGAUUUAUUACUUGUCACCAAAGGAGGAAAGGAAUAUAUUACUCUUAUAUCAGUUGGUAACCUGUAAUUGAGAGCUCUGUUAUCUCAGGACUUGGGAAUCCCCCAAGGAAUGAGACCCAAAGUGACCGUGUUCUAAUGGGGGUGAGGAGCCGAAGGAUGAAGGGAAUUAUAGCCAAAGACUUAGGCAAUGCCAGGAAUGGCUUGGUCCAAGCAGGUGCCCCCCAUGAUGAGCAGCCAAGGCCUGGGGAAGGAUUUUCAAAGGAAAAGAGGAGAGAUUAGUAGAGAAGACAAAUUUCCCCUAAUUCACAAUUUUGCCUACCACUGGCUAUUUUAAUGCCAAGGGUAGGCAAAAUCACCCAGUGAAACUCUCUUUACCUUUGUAUGCCUUUGUUGAGUGGCUGGUUAUUUGAAUUUCACCAUUAAUAUCAAGAUGUAGGGGAGUCUCUGGGGCUGGCUUUCUUAAGGAGCAAGUCAGAAGAAGGAUGAAGUGUCCUCUCCUGAGGCCAACUGGGGGCCACUUGCAGCUUCCUGAACACACCGGGCAUAUGCGGGCAGGAAGCAGUCUUCUCUACAAUCACACUCCCUUCUGGCCUAGGUGCCUCUGCUCAGCAGCAGAAGGAAAAGUCAUUGUUCUCACCAAAGAAAUCUCUGUAGAAAAGUUGCUGUGAAACUGGAAUAGGUGUGUCUUUCUGCCCUUCCGGUUCUUUUUAUAGGCCCUGCAGGAACGUGAGUUAGAGGCCUGCGAUUCUUCCGCCCAUUUGGGGAGAGAUUAAAGAAGCUGAGGUCGUCUCCUCCUUACUCAUAGGCAGUUACAACCUGGCCAGCUCCACAGCCUCAGCUUCCAGAGUGGACAAAGAGAAGAGGGUCAGAAGAUCAUUCUUGUGAGAUCCACCUUUAAGUCAUCAUGAAUGAGGACUGCAUCAAGUCCAGUGGGGAGUAUUUUCUCCUCUGUGACAACGAGGGGGCAUGGGGCGUUGUUCUGGAGUCGCUGGCAAUACUUGGCAUAGUGGUUACAAUAAUGCUACUCUUGGCAUUUCUCUUCUUCAUGCGAAAGGUGCAAGACUGCAGCCAGUGGAACGUCCUCCCCACCCAGUUCCUCUUUCUGCUCGGUGUGCUGGGGCUCUUUGGACUAGCUUUUGCCUUCAUCAUCCAGCUCAAUCAACAAACUGCCCCUGUGCGCUUCUUUCUCUUUGGGGUUCUCUUUGCACUCUGCUUCUCAUGCCUCUUGGCUCAUGCCUCCAACCUGGUGAAACUGGUCCGGGCUGGAGUCUCCUUCUCUUGGACGACAAUUCUGUGCAUUGCAAUUGGGUGCAGUCUGUUGCAGACAAUUAUUGCCAUCGAGUAUGUGACCCUCAUCAUGACCAGGGGUAUGACGUUCAUGAACAUGACACCCUGCCAGCUCAACGUGGACUUUGUCGUACUUCUGGUCUACGUUCUCUUUCUGAUGGCCCUCACGUUCUUUGUCUCCAAAGCCACCUUGUGUGGCCCGUGUGAGAACUGGAAGCAGCAUGGAAGGCUCAUCUUUGUCACUGUGCUCUUCUCCAUCAUUAUCUGGGUGGUGUGGAUCUCCAUGCUGCUGAGAGGCAACCCACAGUUCCAGCGACAGCCCCACUGGGAUGACCCGGUCAUCUGCAUCGCACUGGUCACCAAUGCAUGGGUAUUUCUGCUGCUGUACAUUAUUCCUGAGCUCUGCAUUCUCUAUAAGUCGUGUAGGCAGUGCCCUCGACAAGGCAACACCUGCCCGGUCCCAGCCUACCAACGCACCUUUUGUGUGGAGAACCAGGAGCUCUCAAGAGCCCGAGACAGUGAUGGAGCGGAGGAGGAUGUAGCAUUAACUUCCUAUGGUACUCCCAUUCAGCCGCAGCCUGUUGAUCCUACGCAAGAGUGUUUCAUCCCACGGGCUAAACUAGGUCCCCAGCAAGCUGCAGGAGUAUAAAGUCUACAGGAAACAUGAGUAGUGACACCCCAGAAGACCAUCCUGGGUAUUGUAGCGCUGAUCAGCCACUGGGAAGCCCUCCGAGCCACACCGCCAAUGAAGAAGCGGCUCCUCCUUCUGUUUCCUGGCUCUUUUCAUCCACCUAGAUCCUGCAUCAGAGCACUGCCCUUCCAAGCGUAAUUAUAAUUUUGCUGGCCACCCUACCUUGAAUAUGUGUCUUUUUCUUCAUUCGUGUUAACUGGAAAAUUCCCUUUCUUAGCAAUGCCUCAUAGUCAUAGUACUAACAGACCCCAGUCAGAAGAAAUUAGAGGCAUUAUAAUGUGACAAAGUACAGAAAUCAGUAGCAACUUAUUACAGAAUUACUCUUCUAGCCAUUCUUUUAAAUGAUGCUAAAACACACACAACAUAAAAUUUACCAUCUUAAAUUGCUUACGUUCAUAGUUCAAUGGUAUUGACUAUAUUCACAUUGUUAUACAAAGGAUCUCCUAGAACUUUUUCAUCUUGCAAAACUGAAAUUCUAAACCCAUUGAACAAUGAUGACCCUCCAGCCUAUGGCAAGCACCAUUCUAUGUUCUGUUUCUAUAACUCUAAGUACUUCAUAUAAUUGAAUCAUAUGGCAUUUGCUUUGUGUGAUUAGCUUACUUCAUUUAGCACAAUGUCCUCAGGGUCUACCCACGUUGUACCAUGAGAUAAGAUUUUCUUCUUUUAUAAGGCUGAGUAAU